AUACAGCCGCUGCAGUCAUUGCACAGAGCUUCUAAAAGACUUGAAGACCUACCAGAGCUGUAUAGUGGUCUAAUAUAUCACUACAAGAAGUUACUUCAAUUCAAGCUUAUAAACUAAUUGAACCCUUGGGAAAAUGCAGAGAAAAACUCUGAUUCUGCUGAUAUUUUCCACUAGUGUUUGUGCAGCUGCACUUUCCAAAAGGAAUAAAGUUCUGUUCCCAUCUGCACAUACGCUGAAAAGAAACCUAGAUUCCGACAUUCCUAUUAAUCCUGUGUUCCAGAAGUCAUAUAAGGACGUGGAGCUGCUGUAUGAGUUUCUUCUUGGGGGGCUGAACAUAAGUGAUAACUUAAAGUGCUCCCUGAAGGAUGAAGAGCUUGCAUCAUUGAGACCAGCAAAGACAUUUAAUGUUAUUGUCAAUCAAAUCAUUCCCAAGGAAAUCUCUGAUAUCCGAAGGCUUACUUACAGACAAUCCAAAUAUGUUGGACAGCUCAAGUUUGCUGACUUUGAGAGGAUGCUGCUGACCUUGGUGUUCACAGCUUACCAGACAUUAAGAUUUAAAGGACACCAACAGGACUACUGGGAAGAAUCACUUGUAAACAUUUUUCAAGCUUUACGACGUGAUUUGAUGUCUUAAAAAUUCUGAUUUUGAGGGUACUGGAAGAAAGUUAAGGUUAUAAGAGUUUAAUCCUUGAAUAUUUAACUAUCUCACUUCUUGUGAUUUCUCAAUGGUUCCCCUAAUUUCUGAAACAUACCGUAAGCUUUCUGAAUUAACCUUUUUGCGGCAUCUGCAUUAAAAUGCAAGCAUUUUCUAUCCAUUUCACAAAAAGAUGACAAUGUGUAGCAUAAUCCUCUCUAAUCUAAAGAUAUGAGUGAUGGUAAACUGUGAAUAUUUUGAAUAUUGGGCCAAUAAAUUACAAAAAAACCUGCAGGUGUAAAUAAACCUGCCCAAAACUAUUUAUAGGAAUGAUAUAGAGAGGCAUAACACUUUUCAAGCACUUAAUUUGAGCCCCUUCCUCUGACUAAAUUGGCACAACAAACCUCGAAACAAGUCAAUUAACAGUCAGUUACUUUCAAUGAAUGUAAAAAGGUUUAUUUUGCGUACAUUAUUGACUCUUAUUAUAGUUUUCAGCUUAAAGUAUAUCAAUUAAAUACUUUGCUUACUCUACUGCAAUCAGCCCUCAAAACCAACUUAUAGGGAGCAUAAGAGAAUUUCAACCCUUUUUUUCCCCGAGGGAUCUGUUGUUAAAAAUCAAGUCAAAUUAAGACCUUUUAUGCUCACUCCAAGAAUCAGAAAAGUGGAUUCCUAUUAUAAAAAUCUUGUAUUAACUUCUCACUGAUAGCGGCUGUUGUAGAAAAUGGAAGUGUUACAUUGGUUUCGGGGUGAGUGUUCUUCUGAGAGUUAAGUGGAGGGUGGGAGCUUUAUUCUGCAGCUGACUGUACUAGGGAUGGUUGUCAUGGGAUGGUUAGUGUUGAUACAGAAUGCCCGAAAUGUUUUCAACUCUAGCACAAAUAUUCUGUCAUUUUCAGAAACCCAAAAAUAAAAAUUUACUUUUAAGGUAAGCUGAUAAUGAAAUAAGUCAGCUGUGAUUAAAAUGGUAGCAGGUAUUUUGCUAAUUGAUCAAUUGCUAUGCAUUUCCUGCAAAAAAUAAUGCUUGCUCUUAAUUAACCAGAAUAGCAUAAUUUUGUUAAAGAUUUGGAAAUAUAAACAGCUGUUCUAUUUAAAAGGCAGUACAAUAUAAAAUAUGAUUGAAAUGAAUGCUUUUUGAUAUCUAAAUUGCUGUCUUUGUUUCAAUAUUGCCAGGUAGAGGGGCAAUUUUCAGGGCUUGGGAACGCCAAUGUGCUUGAAAAUGCGACCUUACCUUCAACAUCUCAGAUUGGCUUAGUAGGUGCUUAUUUCCAUUUGCCAGAAUGGAUUUGAAAUGGUGGUAACAGUUUUUCACGAGUCACUCAAAAAUAGUAAUUAAGAGUGUUAUUGGGUGGAGGAAUUCACUUGUACAUCUUGUACAUAUUGAGAUACAUUCUUAUAAGAACUGAAGAGGCCAUAUAUUAUCACAAACCCAAAAAAGGAUAGUAACAUAAAAUUUUCUCCUAUUAUAAUGACUCCAACCCUUGGGAGGAGAACCAAGAUUAACUUGAGACUAUGGAAAAUCUGACUGUGUUGCAUUUCACUUAAAUCGUCUACUCUAAUAUGAGAAAUAUGAUCACUUAAAUAUGGUUGAUCCAUGAAUCACACAUAUAGACCCAUCACACCACCCUAACACUUAUUGGAUCAUUAAAUGUGACUGAUUGUAAUUGCAGGAACAAAUAAAUCAGCUGCAGUGAGGCAGGUUCUCUGCAUUUUAUUGUUGCACCAACAUC